AUGGGUCUCAAGGACAAGAUCAAGGACGCCCUUCAUGGCGACGACCGCGACGAAUACGCCGAUACGACAACCCACGGCCACACCAGCACGACCGGCGCCUACCCCAACGAUGACACCAAGCUUCACAAGACCGACCCCAGGACACACAACCACGGUCUCUCGUCGCACGACCCGAACUAUAGACACCAGCCAACCGACUCGGGCGUCGGCUUGCAUGACCGCAGCCACAGGGACAACAUCAACACCAACACCAGCACCACGACCACGACCGCCACCGCCGCCGGCCAGAACGACCCCUACUGGGGCGCUGUCGGCCGCGACGACCCCAGCCGUGUCGGCCACAACGACAGCAGCAGCCUGAACCGCAAGGACCUUCCUCUGCGCCCUGGCGAGCAGACCUCGGGUGCCUACGGCAGCACUGGCUACGGCAACACCUCCACCAAUGCCGGUCCUCACGACAGCAACGUCGCUAACAAGGUCGACCCUCGCGUCGACUCGGACCGCGACAAUCGUGGCGCCUACGGUACCAGCGGCACCGCUCACGGCACCACCGCCCACACCAACACCGGCUAUGGUGGCACAUCCGGCACCGGCUACGGCGACACCACCAACAGAGGCUACGGCAACACAGCCACCACCGCCGGUCCCCACAAGAGCAACGUCGCCAACAAGCUCGACCCCCGCACGGCCUCGGGCGACAACUACCAGCGCGGCGGCGGCGUGCCGCAGUCCAGCAUGCUCGACACGCACAGCAGCCCCGUCGGUGCCCAGGGCGGUCUCGGCACCACGCGCGCUGGUCCCCAUGACAGCAACAUGGGCAACAAGCUCGACCCGCGUGUCGACUCGGACCUCGACGGCAGGCGAGCCAAUCAGCUCGGCGGCGUCGGUGGUGGCCCUGGCGGGUUGCAGGGCGGCCAGUACGGCACCGGCCACACCGGCUCUGGCGUCGGCGGUGCCGGCCUGAGCGGCGCCGGCCUCAGCGGUGCUGGCCUCACUGGCGCGGGCGUUGGUGCUGGGUCUGGUAGUGUUGGCGCUGGGUCUGCGGGCCUGGGUGCGGACCACUACGGUCCUGCCCACGAAGGGGCCAAGGUGUUCCACAAGUGCCGUGGAUGCGGCAUGGACAAUGACAUUAGUCAGUACUUCCGCAAGGAUGCUGUGUACCGCAUGGGUUGA